AAAUAUUACUGACGUGUCCACGAAAAGGAGACUACUUCGAGAGUUCAUGAUUAUUCUCAUUUUACACAAGAGGAAAACAAUAGUGUUCGACGGAUCGUGGUGUUAAUUGAAAGGCGAAUUGCAAGAAAAAGCAACGAAAUCAUGGCGACGAUGUUUAAUACCUUCGUGAAUUCUUUCACCAACAGACUUGAAUUACCGGUCAGGCAGCAUCUUAAAAAUGUGUAUGCCUGCUUGUCUAUGUCAACAAUAUCGGCUGCAGCAGGAGCUUAUGUCCACCUGUACACAGAGCUCCUGCAGGCCAAUCUAUUGACGACUCUCGGCACAUUUGGUUUACUUCUCGGUUUAAUCAGCACACCAGACAACGGAAAGAAUCAAAAAUUACGACUUGGCUACCUGUUGGGAUUUGCAUUCUUGUCUGGACUUGGAUUAGGUCCAUUGUUUCAAAUGAUCAUCGCCAUCAAUCCUAGCAUCAUAGUAACCGCAUUAAUGGGAACGACUGUCGUAUUUGUAUCAUUCAGUAUCUCGUCGCUUCUGGCUGAACGAGGUCGUUGGUUGUACCUCGGCGGUAUCUUGAUUAGCUUGCUAAAUAUUAUGGUUCUGUUCUCAUUUCUCAACCUCUUCCUACGUUGGUCUUUGUUCCAUCAAACCCAUUUAUACGGUGGACUAUUCUUGAUGUGUGGUUUCGUGAUUUACGAUACUCAGUUGAUCGUCGAAAAAUUCCACGCAGGUAGCAAAGAUUUCAUUUUGCACUCUCUAGAUCUCUUCAUCGACUUCAUCGGUAUUUUCCGUCAUCUUCUCAUCAUCCUUACGCAGAAGGAGUUAUCAACAGAUAAUCAACGUAAUAAACGCAAAGAGUAAAAUGGGAGCGAAGAGAAGAUGUAAAAUAUCAUACCAUUCAAGUAAAUCCAUGAACUAGAGGUCUUCAUUUAAUCUAUCCAUAUGUAGGGCAUAUAUAUUUACUACGGUAUAAAUGAAUUAAAAUAAUUACAGCUUAACGAUCAUCUCGAGGGAAUUUUAGGCACGCGUUGGCCCUAAAGACGCAAUGUAUUUAUUUUGGAUUACUUAGUUCGUUAUUUUUUUUUCUUCUUUCAAUUAUCUAUUUACCUACUAGAUUUAUAUACAUGUAUACAUACAUAGACAUAAAUUUAUUGUACUAUAUUUUUAUCUUUCAAUAAACAAAAUUUCCCAGCG